AUGGAGAUCAGGGUGGUGCACGCCAAAUCUGCUUCAAAUGUUGCUUCCACUGGCAGAGAAGCAAUGGAAGGAAACCAGGAAACGUUUUGUGUGCAACAGGCCAGGGCAUCUUGCCAGGCAGUGUCCGCCCCGCAAGGCCUGGGAGUCACUGUCUGGCACAGAGGUGGGGGCCAGCAACGUGGCAAAGGAGCAAGAGCAGGGAAACAAGAGCGCCUGGCUGAAAUUGGGGGCCGACAGCCAGGGGCAGGAGCAGUAAAAGAGCUCCAAGCUGACGCUCCAGUUCCAGGAAUUACCAUGAUGGUGAAACUACAACUCCCAAACGGGCGUCAGCUGGAAGUUAAAGCUCUAGUGGACUCUGGAGUGUCAGCAAAUUUCUUUGAUAUAGACUUGGCGCAGAAGCACCAGCUAGCCUUACACCUGUUGGAUUUCCCUCUGAGGGGCAAAACAAUCGAUGGGUGA